CUUUGGUAAACACAGUGCACUAGAUAGGCUGUAGAGUCCGUGAGGUUCUGUCCACUCUAGUGCCUGUGUCUAGGGAGCAGCGCGCGGUUCCGGAGUGAGCCGGUAGAGUCCGGGUGUAAAGAGUGAGGAAGUGGGCGAUGCGGUUGAAUAGUUUACUCCGGUCCUAAAUCAGUCCAGUCGGACCUGCAGGCUGUGGCGGGACUGCAUGCGGAAUUAUUUUGGAGUUUACGGUGAUGAGAUGGAGCAGGAAACUUUAAAAGCUCUGAACUCUCUCACUCUGGAGCAGAAGAGGCACAACAUCGAUGCUUUCAGGCUCUUCAUGGUCACAUGGAAUGUGGCUACAGCAGAGCCUCCUGAUGACCUCACGUCCCUACUGCAUCUUAAUUCCCCGAACAAACCAGACCUCUAUGUCAUCGGUUUACAGGAAGUGAGAGCGGCACCUCUGAAGUUCGUCUCAGAUCUGGCUUUUGGGGAUUCAUGGAGUUGCUUGUUCAUGAACACGUUGACUCCUCUGGGCUAUAUUAAAGUGUCCUCUGUGAGGAUGCAGGGUCUGUUGCUGGUGCUCUUUUCUCAGUUAGAGCACGUCCCAUUUAUCAGAGACAUCCGGACCACAUACACUCGCACUGGGAUCUAUGGGUAUUGGGGUAAUAAAGGAGGGGUGAGCAUCCGUCUCUCCUUCUACGGUCAUUCGUUCUGCUUCCUCAACUGUCACCUGGCCGCCCACAUCCAUUACGCCUCUGAAAGAGUGGAGGAAUUUGAGCACAUCCUCAACUCCCAGACUUUUGAUGGCAAAAACACUCCAUCUGUUUUAGACCACAAGCUCGUCUUCUGGUUCGGAGACUUGAAUUUUCGUAUUGAAGACCAUGGCAUGCACUUCAUUCGCAACUGCAUCAACAGCAAGAAUUUCAACCUGCUUUGGCCAAAAGACCAGCUGAUUAUGAUGAAGAAGAAGAUUCCCAGACUGCAGCAGUUUGAAGAAGGACCUCUUGAUUUUCAGCCGACCUACAAAUUCGACUUGAACUCGGAUAAAUAUGACUCGAGGCUACAGACGGCUUGGUUUGGCAUUAUCGGGAAGAAACGGAAACCUGCGUGGUGCGAUCGGAUCCUGUGGCGGAUGAAUCCCAAACCUCCACCUGAGAAUCCAGAUAAAGAGCAUGAUGAUGAUGAUGAAGAUGAAGAGCAGAAGCAGCUCGACAAGCCGUUUGAUGAAUUUCCUCUCAAAGUCGUGCAGGACACUUACACCAGCAGCAUGGAGUACAGCGUCAGUGACCAUAAACCCGUCAUGGGCAUCUUCACACUGGAGCUGAGGAAGAUUUACGACACUCCACUUGUGCGCGUGUGUGCUGAGGGUGAAUGGAGCGCAGACAUAGAUGCUGUGGUGACUUACAGCCUGCUGGACCAGUUUCCAUCCAGCGCCUGGGACUGGAUUGGUCUUUAUCAGGUUGGAUUCCAGAGCAUUUCUGACUACAUCACCUAUACCUGGGUAAAAGAUGACCAGGUGGCCGUCAAUAAUGAACUCAUGAAGGUUUAUGUGAGCAAGGAGGAGAUCCCAGUUCUCGGUGGGGAAUGUGUCCUGUGCUACUACAGCAGUAACCUGCAGUGCAUUGUGGGUAUGAGUGAACCUUUUAGAGUUCACGAGUCACAGGCAGCGAUUGAAGAAGGCUUUUUACUUGAGAAUAUUAACAGAUUCGACCAGGCUCUGGCCAGUUAGGACCCCAAGAAGGAGCCAUUUUGAGGCUGAUCAGUGUUCGAUGCUCUUCCUGCUUCGUAAAAAAAAAAAACACCCUGAAGAAUUUAUUAAGCAAGUGCAAUUGUAUCUGAAAAAAAAAACGUUUUAUUUUAUAAUUGAUCUUAAGGUGUUCUCCAUUCUUCUUUUGAUCAUUGCUCUUUUCGUGUCUUAAUUUUUGACCAUCUGCUGCCUUUUUCCUACUGAUAUUUGUUGCCCUGUAAUUAUUUUAACUAUAAGCCUUAACUAUGAAAAAUUUCUAUAAACCUUGUACACAGAGUUUAAACGAAAACUUUAAUGGAGAAAAUUUCUGUGCGGUACAUUUUGUAAUUAUAGUUUUAUCGUCAUUGUAAGUUUUUAACCUGAAAAAAAAAUCUGCUUUUUCUUUCCCCCCAGCUCCAUUCUAUCGAUAUAUUGUAAUCAGUGCUAUCAGUUUUUUAUUAUUAGUUUUUCAUGUUUAUUUAAAAUCUGCUUUCGAAUGUAAUGUAGAAAAAUAUCAUUUUGCACUAAUUCCUUUCACACAAAAUGUGUAGUUUGUACAAUGCACAGUGUUACAUGUUUAUCCUGUUCGUGUUACUGGAUAAGAAUUGAAUUAUUUUUACUUGUAUUACUUUUAUUUCUGUGUUUGAGUUUGUUUUGUCAUGCCAGCUGUGUCUCGAUUGUUGCACAUGUUUAGUUUACAUAAUAUGUAGAGUUAUUUUAUUAUAUGACAACGUUUAUUUGUUGACAGUUGUAUUUCUGAUUUAUAUUUAUGGAUAAAAAAGAUAUAAAGUAUAACUCACAUUUCUUUAGCUGUAUAAACUACUUUUUUUUUUUAUAAAUCUGUAA